AUGACACAUGAGAAACAGAAAGGGCUCUUCAAGUGUUGGACGGAUGAGAGAGUGGGCAUUGCAUUGCUGGCUGAAGUUAACCUUCAAUGGUCAGCAGUGCUAAGAGGACACAAGUGGUUUGAUUGGGUCAAGUCCUACACCAAUCAGGGACAUUUCUCUUCAGUGAAGAAGGGCAACAUCAAGGCUUGCAGCCAACAGACUCGAGUCCAACGGAUGGCACAGAAGGAGGAGACCCGACGGCGACGGAAAGCUCAAGGUAAAGGUUUUUCUGGCGGCCUACAGCAGAUUAAAGUGGCCCAAGUGGCACCAGAUGGUUCCUCUCAUUGGGUAACAUGCCAGUCUAAACGCCUUGUGGAGGAAGGCUGCAUGCAAGAGAGUUGUCUACCGUAUGACCAGACGCGCUACCCCUACCCUACCCCACCAAUGACUGAACCUUUGUACUCCAACUUAAAUUGCCCUAACGCAGAACAGAACAGCAAAGCAUUGCUCCGGGGCCUCUAUGAAGUUGAGACAUCGGACCCUUACUUGGCGUCAUUCAUUGACCAUUGUCGACGGCCGGAGGGCUUGGAAGACCAACCACUGGAGGUGGAUCUGGAGGAUCAUGUUACCUUCUGGCGUAAGAUGGGGGAACAUAAAGGCUCGGAACCACACGGUCUGCAUAAUGGACAUUAUAAAGCGGGCGCAUCAUCAAACCUGCUUGCUUGCUGCGACAUGAUCUUUCGCUCUAUCCCUUUUGCAACCGGAUUUGUCCCAGCCCAAUGGUGCCAUUUGCUCAACUUUGCAAUUGAAAAGAAACCAGGCGAGAUUCGGGUGGACCUGAUGCGCACGAUCCAAAUGAUGAACUCUGAACUCCAAGCCAUGGCCUAUGCCGAGAAGCACAAACUGAUCCCAUCAGGGCAACACGGUUCUCCCAAGCGUCACCAGGCCAUCGAUCUGGCCCUUACUAAGCGGCUCACUUGGGACCUUCUACAUCUGCAACGCCGUCCUGCCGGGUGGAUAUCCAAUGAUGCCAAGUCCUCCUUUGACCGCAUUGUCCACUGGGUGGCAAUCAUUAGCCUGAUGCGCUUUGGGAUUCAAUGGCGUACCCUUCGCUCCAUGUUUGACACCCUGAUGAAGUCUAAACACCGGGUGCGUACGGGGUUUGGUGAUUCCGACCGUGUCUUUACUCCUCCGACCCUGAUCCCAUUCCAAGGAUGUGGACAAGGCAAUGGAGCAGGACCUCCUGUCUGGGUGGCAAUUAGCUCCAUUCUUUUGGGGAUGAUGAUUAGCAAAGGCUUUGGCUUUGACUUUCUGAUGUCAAUAUCUUGGGCUCCGCUCUUGGCCGAUUGCUUUUGUUUUGUCAAUGACACUGAUGUCUGCCAAGCUGCACCAUCUCCUGACCAGUCCGGGGAAUCUAUUGUCCCAGAGGUGGCCAAAGCACUGCAAUGGUGGUCCAACGGCGUCCGCCUGACGGGUGGCGCCAUCCAACCAGAUAAAUCCUUUUGGUAUCUGAUUGACUUCAAGUGGAACUUGCAACAAGGUGUAUGGCAAUUCCGGAAGAAGCGAGAUUUUAAACCAUCUCUUCUUCCAACAGGCAUGUCGGAAAUUAUGGUUGAAUUGGAUGAUCUGGAUGGCACCUCUGUGCAUCUAAAGUGGCUCAAAGCGGAUGAAUCGGCCAAGACGUUGGGUAUUCUGAUGCCCCCCUGCUCCAACAGUAAAGCUCAACUUGUGGUUAUGCAAGGGAAGGCAAAAGCAUGGGCGGACCAGAUCCAACCUAGUUUCCUCCAACGAUAUGAUGUCCUUCCUCUCCUUUGCACCACAAUCCAGAAGACUUUGGAGUACCCAAUGGCGCUCACCUUCUUCUCUCCACAGGAGUGGGACCAGAUACUAUCCCCAGUGCUCUGGGCGUCACUGCCCAAGGCUGGUAUCUGCCGUAACUUUCCUCGUGCUAUGGUCUACGCCCCCAUUGCACUCCAGGGAGUGGGUGUCCCCCAUCCAUACGGCCUCCAAGUCAUCAAGCACUUGGACAUGCUACUUCGCCAUAAGGCUAACCAGACCAAAACGGGCGCCUUCUUGGAGGCAGCCCUUCAGGCAUAUCAGCUUGAGACCGGUACCUCCUAUGGCCUCUUCCAACAAGUCUAUUCCAACAACUCCAUCCUGGCCUCUGAUACGUGGGCCAAGCGGACCUGGAGUGAACUUGAUUCUCUCUCCAUACAUCUGGAGUUUGAUUCUCCCUCCCUCCAACCAAUGCGCCAAGGGGAUCAACUGUUAGUGGACUUGUUCAUUGACUCUUUGGUGGAUCAGCAUACAUUGAAAUGGCUCAACUGGUGUCGGAUCUUCCUUCACGCUGUCACUCUCUCCGAUAUUGUGAAUGCUGAAGGGACAGCGAUCACUCUGGACGCAUGGAAAGGGAUACGAGCAGAUUACCUUGCUGACAGGUACCAAUGGCCCCCUCCCCGUCAGGCCUGUGGCACUCAGCUGACUUGUCCUGGAAGUGGCAAUACUCCCCCUCUACCAAUACCCUGUUCCACCGCGAGGGGUCAGAUAUGGAUCCCAUCUGAGCCUACUUCCUCCACCAGCCGCCAGCGCACCUUCUAUUUGCCUCGCCGCUUCAACCUUGAUCUCCCACCUCUACCAGUGAACACUGUCCGCGCCUCGGUCUCUGUCUUCUCUAGCCGUCUGGCUGAGUCAGGUUCUCACGGCUGGGUUCCAGAGGUCAUUACCAUUGAAGGUAGUGAGAAUCGCCUGGUUCAGGCCCUUCUUGCCGGUAACCUUUGUGUGGUGUGCGAUGGCUCUUACAAAGCUAAAGUGGGCGCAGCAUGCGCUCAAAUUCUCACUGAGGAUUGCAGGAAUAUCAUCUGGAUCACCUGCAAAACCCCUGGAAAAUUUGAGGAUCAGAGUUCAACGCGAAGCGAAUUGAUUGGCCUUAUGGCUUCUCUCCUGGUGCUGGAAUGGAUGGCCCAGCUUGCCCAACUGAAGCUCUUUGCCAGCCAACCUUUGGUCGAGAUGGCCUGCGACGGCCUCAUCGCCCUGGAUAAGUCCUUCUCAGAAGCACAUCUGUCCUUGUCUGGCGCGCAGUUUGACUUGGCCUCCACCAUCCGGGCCUUGCUUUGCCGCCUUCCUCUCCAAGUUCGUCGGCGUCAUGUCAAGGGUCACCUAGAUAAGAAGCGUCCUUUCUCUCAACUGGACUGGUGGGAGCAGCGCAAUGUGGAAGUCGACUCCAAAGCACAAGCCUACCGCCGCCUGUUGGAGUCUACAGGCCAUUCUGCUGCCUCCAACCCCCGCUUCUUCCAUGAACCUGUGUCUUUAUUCAUUGAUGGUGUUAAGUCUCCCAAACUGGAUCAGGCUCCCAUCAUGGAGCUGGUCUCUCUUCCUGCCCUUCAAGCAUAUUGGGCCUCCAAGGACCGCCUCUCCCAGCAGUCCAUCCGUGAGGUCGAUUGGUUGUCUCUGGCACGCGCCAUGAAAGCCCUCCCGGCCAAUCUUCAACGCUGGACACCCAAGCAUAUCUCCGGUAUGACAGGGGUGGGAAAAUUCUUGGCCAUUUGGAACCGUUCGGCAACUAGCUCUUGCCCCAGAUGCUCCUCCUGCCCGGUGGAGGACCACCUCCAUGUCCCACGCUGUUCUGCUCCUACUCCUGCAGCUGUAGAAUGGCCGAAACGCCAUCUGGCCUUCCGGACCUGGAUGCAGACUCAGCAGACCGCCCCAGAGAUCGAAGCUUUCCUCUUUGAGUACCUGAAGACGGUCCGCCAGCCUUCCCUGGGAGUUCCCAACGUCCUAGCCUGGUCUCGCCAGCCUCAUCUCUUCCAACGUGCAAUCUCCUCCCAAGCCAAGCUUGGGGCCCAGGGCCUCCUUGAGGGCCUAGUGUCCCCCAAAUUGAGACAUCUGCAGGCCCUUCACUUCUCCUACAUCGGCUCCAAGAAGUCCGCCAACCUUUGGGCUUCCCGCCUGAUCCAACAACUGAUCCGGAUCGGGCACUACAUGUGGAAAGACCGCAACCGGCUUGCACAUUCCGAAGACAGUUCCUGGUACACGGCUCGCAAGCGGGAGAUUGACAUCGGCAUCCGCGAACAGUUCGCCAUGGGCCUGAUUGAUAUCCCCCCACGCUCGCAGUACCUCUUUCGUGACUCCCGCGAAACUGUCCUCAACAAAUCACUUGAAGAUCGUCAACAUUGGCUGCGCCUUGUCUCCUGA